CUACUCGCCUUCUUGUCCAGAAAUCUGCGAAUCUUUUCCGCGCGCGGACCGGAACGGUUUAUCUUAACAGUUAUGCUUUAGGCCGAGUUCCACCUUUCCGUCGCCCCAAACCACCAGGGAUACCAAAAGUGGACAUGGGCGACCUCGAGUCACCUAAUGCUCACUUGCGCGCACGCGAUCUACCCCCAUACGAUACAGUGUACUACUUCGACCAGCUCAUUGACCAUGAUGAUCCGUCCAAGGGAACAUUCAAGCAGCGAUAUUGGCACACCGCUGAGUUCUACAAAGCAGGAGGACCGAUAAUUCUCAUGAACGCUGGUGAAGUCGAUGCGAGUGGUUACUAUGGCUAUGUUACAAACCGUACAAUCAAUGGCGUUGUUGCGCAAAAGUUCGGAGGUGCAGCCAUAGUCCUCGAACAUCGCUAUUUUGGAGAGAGCAAUCCUUACCCGAACUUGAACGUGGAUAGCCUCAAGUAUCAAACAGUGGCCCAAACUAUCGAAGACCAUGUCUACUUCUCCCAGAAUGUCGUUCUUCCUCAAGACAAUGGUGACAGUGUUGGUCCAGAUAAGGCGCCGUGGAUCCUAAUAGGUGGAAGUUAUCCAGGUGGUUUGGUCAGCUGGACGAUGGCUGCACAUCCUGACAUAUUCUGGAUUGGCUACGCGUCGUCAGCAGUGGUUCAAGUUGAGCUGGACUUCUGGCAGUACUACGAACCCAUCCGGGAGAACAUGCCGAAGAACUGUUCCGCUGAUGUUGAAGCAGUCAUCACCUACAUUGACGGAGUCUUCACUGGCAAUGAUACCCAGACCCAAAGGAAGAUCCAGAGAAUGUUCGGGUUCACGUCGAACUUGGAGAUGGCCCAAGCGCUGAGAUGGGACUUGUGGACGUGGCAAGAUCUGCAGCCUAGUACCGGCCCUGGCGCAGCCUUCUACCAGUUCUGUGACGCACUUGAAGUAAAGAAUGGUGUUUCGGCACCUGAGAGCGGAUGGGGAAUGGACAAUGCGCUCUCGGCAUGGGCGAAAUGGUUCUCCGUAAACUAUAAUGAUGAUGCUGAUUGUGUUGACGAAGACGCGGUCUGCUCAAGUUCCUUGCGCCGGCAACCGAUGCCUGCAGCCGUUCCCGACAAACAAGUCAUUCGUCAGGAAAUCGGAGCUAGAGCUGACUACCCUGUUGGUGAUACGUACCGUUCUUGGUUCUGGCUGGAAUGCAACGAAAUUGAAGAAUCUCUAGACGGGCCACCCAUAGGACAAGGAGGUAUCGUUUCACGACUCAACAAAUGGCAAGACGACCUGCAAGAGUGCGUAACCACUUUCCCCGAGGCGUUCUCUACGGCACCGCUCCCCGACGCCGACCGCAUCAAUGCCUUGUACGGUGGGUGGGGCGUCAAAAACACGAGGCUGUUCUUUGCAAACGGGAAACGUGAUCCAUGGAGAGAGGGAACAGUGUCUGCCGUAAAUAGUACGGCCGUGAGCACAGAUGAUCAACCUAUUGGCCUCUCGAACGGUUUCCACUGUACUGAUUUAGUGAUCGCGCUUGCAGCGCCUGACGACACUGUUGUUGCAGUGCAAGAAUCGUUUUUGGUUUACGUGGAGAAGUGGCUACCUGGAUUUGUUGCGAAGUAGAUUUCGAAUACAUGCCGUUUGCCCGAAUCAAGUAUGGCGAGUGAUAUUGAAAGCAAGGAGUAUGUAGGUAAAGUACAUUGCCUGUUGAAAGUAAACAUAGCAGAGCAAGACAGCAUAAGAAGUAACGAGUAUUAUUCGGAUGAGAAAUAUUAAUCGAUUGACUGC